AUUGCUUUGUUAUGCUGGAGCCAGAAGGGGGCGGCCAUGUUGGAUGUAUCUGUGUAACCUGCUGCUGUCAGAGCGGGGAGACCCGCGCCUCUCCCAUCACAUCUCUGGGACGGGGCAGUCCGUGUCCUGAGCUCGGGAGACCCCGUGUACCCCUGGACCGCUGCCUGGUGGAGGGAUACCCGGGGGUGAACCGGGGGCGUCCUCCUCUCAUCCGGGAUGUUCUCUAAAAAAACUCACGGGGAUGUGAAGAAAUCGACCCAAAAAGUGCUGGACCCCAAAAAGGAUGUGCUGACCCGACUGAAGCAUCUGAGGCUUGUGAUUGAAAAUGCAGAAUCUAUUGACCUCAAGCAGUUUUUUGAACAGAACUUCUCUGACAUCUACUACGUUUUCUUUGAAAACUUUGUGCUUAUCGAGACAUCUUUGAAACAAAAAGGACACAAGUCUCAGCGUGAAGAACUUGAUGCUAUCCUCUUUAUAUUUGAGAAAAUUCUGCAACUUCUACCUGAGCGAAUUCACCAACGAUGGCAGUAUCACAGCAUUGGUCUAAUACUGAAAAAAUUGCUUCACACAGGAAACUCUUUAAAGAUCCGCCUUGAAGGGAUGCGCUUGUUUCUCCUGUGGCUUCAAGCACUUCAGAACAACUGCAGUUGGGAGCAGCUCUGCAUGUUUGCAUGUCUUAUACCGGGUUUCCCUGCGCCCCCCUCUGACCAUGGCAUAUACACCCUGGAUAAUCUUAUCAAUCAGCCCUUGAACCUGCAAGAACGCCAAGUUACAAUUGAAGAAAUUACACCACUUGUACCGCCCCAGUCUGGGGACAAAGCACUUGAGGAUCUGACGAGUUGUUUUCUGGAGGCCUUGUUGAAAUAUAUGGUGAUACAGGUCCGGAGUCUUGAGUGGCAAAAUAAAGAUAAGGAGGAAGAUGGCUUUGCAUUCUUGUUCUCUAACUUCAAGAAAUACUACAUGCCUUAUAUUUUCCCUGCCAUGAGCAGAGAAAGCAGCCUAUACAACCCUGUACUUGAGAUACCACAAAUUAGACCAAAACCUCACUACAUGCUGGUCCGGAAGGAUGCAGAAAGCAUUGAGGCUCAAUACUGCACCAAAGAGCCCUUUCUUAACGCCCGGGUCAUUGUCAUUAGAUGGCUGGUGUCCUUCUGGCUGGAACCCAAGCCGCACAUGGGGACUCAUAUUCCUGGGACUGAAGGGGAGACUGUGCCAAAGAAUAUACAGAGAGCUGCUGCCAACCUGGCUGCCCAGGAGGAAAGUAGGAAUGAAAACCGUGAAAGGACAACAGAGCCCGAGCAAUCCCAUUCCAAUACCAGCACCCUUACAGAGCGGGAGCCAAGCGUCUCCAGCCUGUGCAGCAUUGCUGAAGAGCACGUCACAGACUAUGAGCUUAUUCGCAGGUUCUUUUCCAGCAGACGCUGUAACGUUGAUUUCCUCAUUGAGAUCUUCCGGCAGUCUUUCCUGUUGCCGAUGUGUGAAGCUGCUGCUAUGCGGAAGGUGCUGAAGGUGUAUGAGCAAUGGAUUAAACAGAAGGAAAAACCCUUAUUUCUGCAAGAAUCCGAAAAGCCAUCCUCAUUAGAUGAAGGCAUCGUCAUAUCUGUUGAGCGCCAAGAAGGUUCCACAGGGACUUGUGAAAAGGGAAAAGAAGAGGAUACACUGACCGCUCCUCCAGGUCAUGUCCGCACGUCGAGUUGGUCUAAGUGUCACCUGGACUCCACUACAAAGCUCUCCGAAGCAGAUCUCUUGGACAGGAAUGUAAAGGCUGGUGCUCAGGCUUUGUAUCAGGUUUUUAUUGUAAAUGCUGCAAAUAUCAUUUUGCUUGAGCCGGCAAAUGACAACAAGACAAUGUUAAAUGAACAUACGGACAUGUGCAAAAGGGUCCUGAACAUCUAUCGUUACAUGGUGGUGCAAGUCUGCAUGGAUAAGAAGACCUGGAUGCAGCUACUACUGGUUAUGCUUAGGGUUACAGAGUCAGUGCUAAAGGUCCCACCCCAGGUUCUACAGCAAUAUCAAGGCAGGAAAAAUCAAAUUUUGGCUGGACGGUUGGCAGGACCAUUGUUUCAGACCCUAAUUGUGGCCUGGAUUAAGGCCAGCCUUCAAGUUAGCGUAUCGCGAGAACUGUGGGAUGAUCUAUUGGCAGUUAUGUCGUCACUGACUUACUGGGAGGAGCUAGUCACAGAAUGGGCUCACACCAUGGACACGUUAACCAAAGUGCUGGCCAAGAAUGUCUACCAUCUUGACUUGAACGAGUUGCCACUAGACAAGCUAAGCGAGCUAAAGCAGAAGAAGCACAAAGGCAAAGGAUGUAACCACGAAUUUCAGAAAGGUUCAGUGGACAAGUCGUUCUCACGAGGGUGGAGCAGAGAGCAACCCGGCCAGCCCCCAAUGCGCCAGCGCAGUGCCACUACCACUGGAUCACCUGGCACUGAGAAAGCCAGAAAUAUUGUGCGCCAGAAAACUAUUGCCAUGAGGAGCCGAUCCAUUGGGGACAGUGCCCUGCCAUCAGCCUCUAUCCGCAGCGCUAAAAGUGCACCUGUCCUGAUUCAUCCUUCCAAACCCCUUCUGCCUGAUAUUGUUCUCACUCUGCUUUCCGAUGAGCUGUCAGAAAUGGAUGAUGCCCCUGUCCGUCCACGCAUUCCCCGAGUAAGGCAUUAUUCCCAGAGUGAGGAGACCCCUACGGAGACAUUUGGAGGCACCAAUGAGGAAACCUCAACUUUACCUCGCAGCAGCAGCACAUCUGACAUCCUGGGGCCUAUUGCAGCUGAGAGAGUGAAAGGUGCAGUGCCAGUUGCAGACCAUUCCUCCCCUCAGACUUUGGACCCCCCCUGCGCUAACACACACGGUCAGGAAGCAUCCCUAACACAGGCGGAUGGCAGUAUAUAUGACCACCUUUGCCAAUUGACUGGCUCAGCUGAAUUGACGGAUGCAGAAAUUGAUCAGGGCUGGUAUGAGGAGUUUGAGGGGGGAGACAUGUUACCUUGUUUACGGGGGUAUUUAAAAGGGCAAGGCAUGCAAGGUGAGGGGAUGGAUAAAAGCAAGGUCACGUCUACUUUGGUGGAUCAUAUAACCCAACACCUUGGGGAGUCAGAGUUGUGCACUAAAGGCGAGGGUCAUGCAUUGUUAUCUGAAGGACUCCAUCACACACCGCUCCAUUCACAACAUGUUGAGAGUAGUUCAGGUUUAGAAGGAAAUGUAGCUAGGAAAUCCGGGGGACUGAAGGUGCCUGGUAGAUCGAGGGAUGUUCAUGUGAGGAUACAGGUUGAUGAAGAGUUUAACGAAAGUAAAACUGCCCUGGAGCAAGGUGACCGCAAGAAAGGUCUGUUUAGACAAGCUGCAGCAGAGGAAGACGAGGUUCCUGAUCUGCAACCGUCUCAGCCCUCUCAAUCAUCAGGCGGUGAACAUGGGGCUAACAUAAAGAACUUGUGCGAGUCUGUGACGCACAAGGCCAAAGCAAUUCGUCGGAAACGCAACAGCGUGCAGGUGUCUUUCCGUCCGUCAACUGAGGCGGUGCUUUUCUACAAUUCAAUGGAGACCAAGGAUGCCCCUUGGAAGGUCAGACUGCGGAAGCUAAGUGGUUUAAGUUCCAACUCCUCCAUUACUGUAGAUACAGGGAAGCCCACGGCAUAUGCUGCCAUGGGUGCGGUAAGAGUAGCAUCAGGAGUUAGCCAGACAGGUAUCGACCAAACGGAUGUUCCCCACCCUCCUUCACAAGGGCAUAAGGAAUCUAGCCGCCAUAGGCCUCGAUCUAGCAGUCAAGAGAGAGCCUCUUCUCAUGCGUCUUUAGGAGGCGUAUAUAAAUCUGUUGUUCAUGCUCUCUCAAAACCCAAGGCCAGCGUGUCCCUGCAGAAGCAGCAAAGGAUGGCAGCCGAGGCUCCACUGAAGGACCUGUACGGUCAUGUAAUGGGCUAUUUUGGAAAAAAGGCAGCAGCCACCAAAGAAGAUUUAACUCCCCACAUAAUGGAUGAAGAUCUAUUGGAUGAAUUUAUAGCUGAAAGGCUAAGGUCAGGCCUAGUUCUGAAUUUGACAAGAAGAGGUAGCAGCCCUGGUAGUCUAGAGAUUCCUAAAGACCUCCCUGACCCACUUAACAAACAUAGCCAAAUGCGUCCAGCAGAUGAUCCAGGUGUCCCGUCGGAGUGGACCUCCCCAGCGAGUGCUGCGAGCAGUGAUCUCCUUAGCUCCGACAGCCACUCCGACUCUUUCAAUGCCUUUCAGUGCGACGGGAAGAAAUUUGAGGUUGGUUUCCCAUUCAGCAGUGAUUCAGCAGUUCCUCCCACCACGGAGACAGAUGCUGGGUCUAUACAGCUGAGCACUGAAGAACCAGAGGUUGUGAGCCUGACUACUCUCCAUAUAGACUCAGAAACCAGCAGUCUCAACCAGCAGGCCCUGUGUUCAGAUGCCCCGGUCACAACAGGCUCUGAAAAUGUGUCUCCUGCAGCGUCCGCUCAUGGCUCGCGCUCCCAAACACCAUCUCCCGCAGCUUUUACAUCUGAACAAACAGAACUGCAUGAAAAGCUUCAACAUUCAGUUUUACAGACCCCAGAUGACAUAGAGCCCUGCGAAUUCCCACUGGAAACCUACAGCGUGAUGGCAGGUGGAACGCUCACAGGCUGGCAUGCUGAUGUAUCAGCAGUUUUGUGGAGGAGAAUGCUGGGAAUCCUGGGAGAUGUCAAUAAUAUAAGCAAUCCUGAAAUCCAUGCUCAGGUGUUUGAUUACCUGUGUGAACUGUGGCAGAACCUGGUCAAGAUUCGAGACAAUUUGGGAAUUUCUUUGGAUAAUAUGUCAUCUCCUCCCCCACCUAUACUUAUCCCGCCUUUAAGGAUCCUCACCCCUUGGCUUUUUAAGGCCACAAUGUUACCAGACAAGUACAAACAAGGGAAACUUCAUGCCUACAAAUUGAUCUGCCAGAUCAUGAAGAGAAGACAAGAUGUGUCUCCUAACACAGACUUCUUAACGCACUUUUACAAUAUUAUGCACUGUGGUUUGCUCCAUAAUGAUCAGGAUAUAGUAAACACCAUUAUCAAGCACUGCUCUCCUCAGUUUUUUUCUCUGGGGCUCCCAGGGGCCACGCUCCUAAUUAUGGACUUCAUUGUAGCAGCAGGAAGAGUUGCGGCCUCACCUUCUCUAAAUGCUCCACGAGUGGAAGCACAGGUUCUUCUAGGAUCUUUAGUCUGCUUUCCUAACCUCUAUCAGGAGCUCCCAGCCCUGCACCCCAGUGGUUCUGAACUUGCCAUAUCCGAGUUUACAGAUGUAAAGGAGCUCAUAAUCAAAACUGUGUUAAGCUCUGCCAGGGAAGAGCAAUCUGGGCCGGCAAGAUGUGUAGCAUUGUGCAGCUUAGGAAUCUGGAUGUGCGAGGAGCUGGUCAAUCAAACACAUCAUCCGCAGAUUAAAGAAGCGCUUAAUGUCAUCUGUGUUUCCCUCAAAUUUCCCAACAAAGUUGUCGCACAAGUAGCAUGCAGCGUGCUGAACGUUCUCCUCAACUACAUCCCACAACUGCAGAUCUACCACCCGGACUAUCCACUGAAAAUUACCGAGAUUCUUCUAGCCACUGUGACUCAUCUAUUGCCAACUGCUGAGACAUCUCCCUAUGAACAAGAUAAGCGAUUGAUCGUCUCUCUGCUGCUCUCUCUUCUUGAGUGGAUGAUGGCACUGCCACUCUCAAUAUUACUGAAGCCAGUGCGGCAUGCUGGUAGUGUGCACCAAGGGAGGGAGAAUUCUGUAUUGCACUGUGCCAAUAAGGUUUUACAUAACUGUAUUUAUGGCUCGCAACAUUUCAGCAACCCCCGGUACUUUCCCCUGAGCCUUUCAGAUCUGGCAUCUGAAGACUAUGAUCCCUUUAUGCAGCUGGAAUGCCUGAAAGAACCAGAACCUCUCCAUUCCCCAGAUUCAGAGCGUUCCACUAAACUACAGCCUGUCACUGAGGUGAAAACCCACAAGCAGCAAGGCUUGAUCCCAGUAGCAGCUAGAACAGUUAUUACCCAUCUGGUGAACCACGUAGGACAUUAUCCCAUGAGUGGAGACCCUGCCAUGCUGAGUAGUCAGAUCUUUGAGAAUCACGACAAUCCCUACAGUGAAAGCUCCGACCUCUCCCCACAGCUCUUCCAUAGCCCCAAUCUUCAAUUCUUUGUACUGAAUAACACCACACUGGUGUCCUGCCUGCAGAUCCCAGCAGAGAAGAAGCUACCUCCUGGUGAGGAACUAUCUUCUGCUAGUUCAGUGGUUCGGGUUAUCAUGAGGGACCUUUCGGGCAAGUACAGUUGGGAAUCUUCCAUCCUUUAUGGACCUGCACAUGAACAUUCUGUACAAAAGUCUCAAUGGUCUUCCCUUCUUCCUGCCUUUAAUACGUCUUCAGUUACUGUAGAAGAAGAUCAGCAACCAGUUGCCCAGCGGGAGUCUGAGGAAUUUUCCUUAGUCCAGUCAAGGAGGAGAGACAGGGAAGCUCUGCCUUUAUGGGACAACUUGUCAGAUGAGGAAGAUGCUCCGGACUGCCUUUUGCAGUAUCUGGGAGCCACAAGCCCCGAGUGCCUUCAAAGACCAGGAGUUCCCCUGAAUGUUCCCUCUCCGCCACCAGCUUGCUUUUCUGAAAAACUGGAGAAUGAGGUCAGUAAUGCUAUUUUAAAGCAGUGUGCAGCGGAGAAGGAAUUUGCAGAGAAGCAUUAUAGUAAUCUGCACAUGAGAGCCAUGCCUCAAGAGGAACCAAGCAACCAAAAGCCAGAGUCGGCCUUCUACUACUCCCGACUGCUGCUCAGCAUUCUAGGCUUGAACUCCUGGGAGAAAAGGAGUGACUUUCACCUUCUCAAGAAAAACGAAAAGUUACUUCGGGAGCUGAGAAAUCUAGACUCCAGGCAAUGCCGUGAAACACACAAGAUAGCAGUUUUUUACGUUGCUGACGGGCAGGAAGAUAAACAUUCGAUACUCUCAAACACUGGCGGCAGUCAGGAUUUUGAGGACUUUGUUGCUGAGCUUGGAUGGGAGGUAAAUCUAUCUAACCACUGUGGUUACAUGGGAGGACUCCAGAAGAACAAGAGCACCGGACUUAGCGCCCCUUAUUUUUCCACUUCGGUUGUAGAAGUGAUGUUUCAUGUGUCCACUAGGAUGCCUUCCGACUCAGAUGACUGUUUAACAAAAAAGCUUCGUCACCUCGGCAAUGAUGAAGUUCAUAUUGUAUGGUCGGAGCACAGCAGAGAGUAUCGGAGAGGGAUAAUGCCCACAGAGUUUGGUGAUGUGCUACUAGUUAUCUACCCCAUGAAGAAUCAUAUGUUCAGCAUCCAGAUUAUGAAGAAACCAGAUAUUCCGUUUUUUGGACCACUUUUUGAUGGAGCGAUUGUGAAUGGUAAAAUACUUCCAGGCUUGGUUCGCGCAACUGCUAUUAACACCAGCCGAGCGCUGAAAUCUCUCAUUCCGUUGUACCAGAACUUCUUUGAAGAGAGGAUGCGCUACUUGGACCUGAUCAUCCAGCACCACUUGGAGCCAACCACCUUUGAGGAUUAUGCUGCACAAGUCUUCUGUCCAGCUCCACACUAUAACUAAUGGAUGCAUAUCAUUAAAUCUCUGAUGUCUUCAGGAGAGGCAUGAACAAGACGAGCUGGAUAUGACUCAGGGUGAAGGUUCAGAACUGGUGUCCCCUGUGUCACUCCGGACCGACAGACGUUGCAUGUCUAUUAAGCUACGGCAUUCCUCUGGCUCUGCCAACCAGUCCUAGUUUUUAUCUUCUUAUCCUGUAUGGGAUUUACCACGUGCAGAAAAUGUCUGGCGCCACACAUUCAUAUUUGCCUUAGCGGCCAGGUCACACUCCCUGUGCUUUUUAAUCCCAUAUUUUUUUUGUUUUUGUUUUUUAUACGUCACUAUUUUAUUUGAGUGAAUAACACUGGACUUUUAGAUAUCAUUUAAGGAGGGCCGGUGGCCUCUGGAAAAAACCUGCAUUAUCCUCAUCUAUGUGGAGCCGCUGUGCUGUGGAUAUGGGCAAUUUUUUUAUUUUUCGUUUUUAGCGAACCAAAAUGCUAGUGAGGACCUUAGACCGUGAACUGGGCGGCACAACUACUUUGUUCUUGAGCUACAGGCUCAUACCCCAUUGCUAUCACCUUUGACAGGUCACAGUUACUAUUGUUCUCAGUAGACCCGAGCAGUGAAGGCCGCCCAGUUGUCCAUCUAGAUCUGUGUUUUUCAACCAGGGUGCCUCCAGCUGUUGCAAAACUACAACUCCCAGCAUGACCAGACAGCCGAAGGCUGUCUGGGCAUGCUGGAAGUUGUAGUUUUGCAACAGCUGGAGGCACCCUGGUUGGGAAACCCUAAUCUAGAUCUUCAUUGGCAUACAGGGAGCUGAAAUGAACAGCACUGAUAGCGAAUAAACUGGGGCCUAGAAGACAAAGCGCCAAAUCCUCAGAGCAGCGGCUCCACAGGGGUGAAGAUGGCGCGCACAGUUUUUUUUUUUUUUUUUUUCUUUUAAGAGGCCAAAGGUUGUCUUUAAAAUUUUAAGUCUCUGUGGUUUUAAAUGUUUCUGUAAAAUGCAGGGUGCCAUAUGUACAUCUGCUGCUUUUAUCAUUUGUUUCUAUUAUCAGUUUCCGCUGGGUUCACAUACUUAUAUUUACGUCCUUUCUGCACCCAGCGUACUGUAUUGUUAUUAUUAAAGGUUUGUUC